AUGAGCGACAGUUCUCGCGAGUCGCUCUUUCUUCAGCGGUACCGCGCCUUUUUAAAGUUUGCAAAAGAUCACCAAACUGUGGUUGCUGCGGGACCUGCCUCGCUUGUCUCUACAUUGGCAUCCUUUCCCUUUGAUAGUGUCAAAAGCCGCAUGCAAGUGAAAAACUAUCCAAAUGCUUGGAAAUGUGCACAGGCUGUUAUGCGUGAAGAGGGUGUUCAAGGCUUCUUUCGAGGUGUCACCAUCCCGCUUAUUACAAUUACCUUUGUGCGGACCAUUUCAUUCAGCAUGUAUUCUACGACGAGGAAAUGGAUGGAGCAAAACUUUGGACCGCGCGAAAACCAUCUCCCACGUACCGCACUGUAUGGGCUUGUUGGGGGUAUUGCUAGUGGCACGAUGAUAAGUUGUUUUUCGGCACCCUUUGAACUUGUUAAGGUGGAACGACAGCUCGAGUAUCUGAUCGCUACCCAGCGCCAUCAAGCGAGUGGUAAUACCAGUCCACUUGUUUUCAAGCCACGCUCAGGUUUUGAGGCGGCUCGUGACAUAUACCGGACGCACGGAGGCGUACGUGGAUUCUACCUGGGACUGCGUUUGCAUAUGCUGCGCGACAUGUCGGGAACGGCGUGUUACUUUGGCCUCUAUGACUCAAUUCGGUUGAUUGGUGAUCGCAUGGAACGGAACAACAUGUUUAUGGGAACUCCUGCUCCCGUCGUAUCAUUUUUGAUUGGGUCGGUGAGUGGCAUCUUGUCGUGGUUCUCUAUAUACCCAAUCGACCUCAUCAAGACGCAAGUACAGCGAGACGUACUGGCAGGUGUGCAACGACAAAGUGCUGUGGCUGUGUUCCGGCGCCUGCUGCAGCGUGGUGAUUCACACCCAACCGAGUUCAAUGUGCGCCAUGUUCCUUGGCGCCGGUUUCUGCGGCUGUACCGUGGCCUAGGAAUUAGUGCGCUCCGCAGCUUUAUUUCACACGGAUUGAUGUGGACGACGAUCGAAUCGAUCAGCCAUCGCGUGGAAUCGGAGGCAAGGAAUCACGACCUUGACUCUUCCUAUGACUUUUUGGACUUCCAGUAG